CUUGUGUUAAAAUCAUUAAAAUUUUAUGUUCAUCAUACUUAAUUGGUAUAUGUAAGUAACAUAUGUUUAUGUAUAUAUGAUGAAAUCGUUUUGAAGUGAUAAGUGUGAGAGGAAUUGAAGAAUGCAGCAACAACUAUGGGGGUUCUGUGUAAUUGCCUUAUCGCUGGUGCUGGUCAAUGCGCAGGAAGAUCUCUUUGUUGACAUUACCAUUCUAGAAAGUGCGGUGAAAAAAGGAGCAGUUUGUUUGGAUGGGAGCCCACCAGCAUAUCAUCUUCAUAGAGGCUGUGGUACUGGCAUCAACAAUUGGUUAAUUCAAUUAGAGGGGGGAGGAUGGUGCGAAAACGUUACAACUUGCAUGCUUCGAAAGAGAACCCGUUUAGGAUCCUCCAAAUAUAUGAAUUUAACUCUAGCUUUUUCAGGAAUUUUACACAACAACCCUCAUUUUAACCCAGAUUUUUUCAACUGGAACAAAGUGAAAGUUAGAUAUUGCGAUGGUGCGUCUUUUACCGGGAACGCCCAGUUUGUGGAUCGGGAGACCAAUCUUCAUUUCCGAGGAGCUAGGAUUUUCCAGGCUAUAAUGGAUGACUUGUUAGCGAAUGGGAUGGACAAAGCCGAAAAUGCAAUUCUGUCUGGAUGCUCAGCUGGAGGAUUGGCAUCAAUUCUGCAUUGCGAUAAAUUCAGAAAAUUAUUUCCAAGGGAGGCUCGAGUAAAAUGCUUCUCAGAUGCAGGUUUCUUUAUUAAUGUGAAGGACAUAUCUGGGGAGCCAUCACUUGAAAAGUUCUACACUGAUGUAGUUAAAUUACAUGUUUCUGCGAAUAAUUUGCCCAAGUCAUGCACCUCAAAGCUAAAGGCAAGCUUGUGUUUCUUCCCACAGAAUGUAGCUCCAGACAUUACAACACCAUUGUUCCUGAUAAACGCAGCUUAUGACACUUGGCAGAUCAGAAACGCCUUGAUUCCAAGUGCAGCCGAUCCAUCAGGAAAGUGGAAAAUGUGCAAGACUGAUAUACGCCAUUGCUCUGUUAGCCAACUCAACACUAUCCAAGAUUUCAGAUCAGAGUUUUUAGCCGCUUUGAAGGGAUUUAAGUAUUCUCCAACGAGUGGAAGUGGCGGUGGGUACUUUAUCAACUCUUGCUUUUUGCACUGCCAAACUGAAUUACAAGAGCUCUGGAACAUGCCUUCUUCUCCAAUGUUACUUCAAAAGGAACCACGUGAAGGAUUUGAGCGUUGUAUGGGUGAAAACCGAACAUUUUGAAGAGUCUCGGGAGCAUAAAUGAAUGAUUUGAAGACCCUCGAAACCAAGCGGAGCACAAGGAAGAAAGAAACGAAGAUGUCAGAGGUGUUUCGGGGAAGGCAGCCUUGGGAACGCCAUAGGGAACGACGUUCCCCCUAGCGUUCCCCUGUAUUGUACACCAGAUUGUCAAUUCAAAGUCCCGGGUGUGGGAACGCUAGAAGGGAACGGCGUUCCUGUCAGCGUUCCCUAGAGAACGACGUUCCUUUUUCGUUCCUCCCAGCGUCGAACUCUCUGCCAACCGACUGUUUUGUUUUGUUAAGGGUAGGAACGCCUAUAGGGAACGCCGUUCCUUCCCGGCGUUCCCCCAUUUGUAUAAAUAGCAACCUUGUUCAAAUUAUCAUAGUUUUGGAAGAGCUCUCUUCUUGCAAACCCUAGUUUUGGUUGUAAGCUUGCUUAAACUAAAUUGCACUUCAUUUCUUAAUAUCAUUUGCAUCAAAUCUUGAAUCUAGCUUCAUUU